GACUCAGCCCAAGGGCACGCUGGAGAUGAGGACCACGUAGCGGGGUGGGAAGUGCGUGCCUACCUGGUGAUGUAGCCAGCAGAGAACCUAGGCACCUGUCCCAGACACCAUUCUGUACAGACAUCAGUGGAAGUUGUGCCCGAGGUAGAGACCUGUGGGUUCUUGUUCUGGGAAGGUUUCCAACCCAACAUAAGAUUGGCAUUCCAGAGUUCAAGUAUGUUGCUAAUAUGCAUGGGGAUGAGGUACGUUUCAACUUUUGCAAUGUCAUUUAUACCAAAUAUACUUGCCAGAGGUUUAGGGUGAACUUCUCUCAGGUGUGUGCUGUUCAUUAUUCGAGUAUAUCCUCAAAGAAGAACUAAUGUGUGUGUGUUUCCUGAGGAAUUUCAAGGAAAAUUUCCCUUGUGGCAGAAGGGUUUUAAGAGACCUUCCAUCAAAGUAAAGAAUCCUACACCUAAGACAUCUCAAGUAGAAAGAGAUUUGUCUUCUCCACAAGAGUAAACCCAGAGGCUUUAAUUUUACUGGCAAUGAAUCAGUUGUAAUGGUUUGCUUGUAAGUUGUUAUUACCGAGAAAUGAAAUAUGAGUGAUAAAACGCUUAAAACCCAUCCAAAGAGUGAAUAAUAGUUCUUGUGAACCACCAAAUGCGGUUUUUAAGAAGGCAAUUUCUCCUAGGAACCUUAAGCUAGGAACACACAGAUUCAUCUAAGGUAACACUGAGUACAAAAGAAAAAGCAAUUUCAGGCCUAAUUUGCUGUGGAAAGUAUGCCCAUUUUUUAAUGAUAAAGGAGGUAAUGGUGAUUAUGAGCUUUCCUGGUGUAGUAUGUGAAUCUGAAAUAGAAAUAUUCAAAGCUUCACACUUCCUUCUAAUCUUCUCACACUUCCCUCUAAUCUUCUCUUGCUUCCUAUUUCCCGUAUUCUUUAGCUUUACCUGCUUUUAUGAUGCAUGGUCAGGAUAAAUUUAAACUACACAGUAUGUUCCUAUGAAGUCUUUAGUUAUAAAGGGUAAAUAAUUCAACAGAAGUGGCAAAAUAUAUAUAUGCCAGACUGUGAAUUCCCCAAAUUAAUGAAACUAGGUGGAAUAGUAAGUGUAUCCUGUGUAAAGCACAACUUACCACCAGCUAUUCCUAUUACCGAUACUGUCUGAGUACUUGCACGCCUCCAGGCACUUGCGACACCGUGUGCCAGGAAUUUUCCCCAAGUUAGACUAGUUUCACCUUGUUUGACAGUGGCUGUGCUCAGCAUGCUGCUGGGAGCCUGACUGCUUUGGAAUUUAACUCUGUGUGGGAGGGAGCUGACUCACGGCCCCGCGUGGCCCACGCUCCUGGGUGCUGUGUGUGGUGCGGGGCGCCUACAGGAGCUGCGGCUGCAUGCACCGGUCCCUGCGGGCUGCUGAAGAAAGUUUCAAGACUAUGGCUACAGAUGACCCAAAUUUGGUGAGGAGGGAGUUGGAGGGGAGAACACAACACCGUCUUGUCCAGCGUGGCCUGGCUUUCCAAUCCAGUAGUCCUGGAGUGCAGAAGGGCAGGUUCCUGCUGCCACUCCUCCUGGCAGAGCAUCCACGAUGAAGCGCUCCUGCUGCUGUCACCGCCCAGCUGGAUGUGCACUAGGAGCUUUGAGCACGGAGGCACGCAGUGUUUGCGUGUUCCUGGGGUCAGGCAACCUGGAUCACUGUCUAGGAUAAAAAAUUCUACAUCGACUAUGACAAACGAAGCGAGAUUAAGUACUGGCAUCAUCACCAGUUUAUCUGAGAGGGGUUGUUCCCUGAGCUAGCAGUGCCGUAGCAGGACGUGCUGAGGUACGUGUCUCUCCAACGAACCACGUUCUAGCUUGUUCAUCAGACCAAGCACACCCCUAGGAAAGAUUCUGGAAUUAAGGCUAUUCAUUUUCAGGCCCUCAUGAUGAUCUUUGCCUUAUAUUUACAUAUAUUUUUGCAUACGAAUGUAACACAGUUUUCCUAUCCGACCAUAAAAGCAUUUCAGAUGGCAGGAAAUGAAUUCCUCAUAUAGAGAAGCAUUGGAGAUCUUUGAAUAUUUAUUCCCAUAAUCUAAAAUACUGCUGGACUAGUCACUGGGGAAAGACUCAGCUUCCCCUGUAAUAGAUGAAGCAGAUAAGUUUUGCACGAACUGCAUGACAAGCUUCGACUUGUGUUCCACAGUCUUUCAUAGCCUGAGAUUGUAGGAUUAUAGCUUCAUUGAUCUGCGAAUGUCCUUUGUGCUCCAGUGGUGCUUCCCAUAAAGGUGAGGAGCUUCUCCAUGCAGUGAGCAGCUCUGUUCUCUGGUACCACUUGGAGACGCUGCCCUUCUAACCUGUUGUGAUCAUGUAAAUGGCACUUUUCCUUGAUUCAGCCAGCAGGCUGCUCCUAAAACCGGAAAACGGGGAAGCCUGAAUUGCAUAUGUGCAGGCUGUUCACACAUGCUGCUGGAAGAAAACCGAGGUUAUUUGGAGGGUUGCCCAACAGGGCAGUUCUAUUAAGAUAAUAGGAGUACACAACACCGGGAAGAGAGCUUUUUUUUUUUUUUAAUCAGAACUGGAAAGACUGUUUUUAGAGUAGGUUAAUUGCUUUAUAGCAUAAAACAUGACCAGCCAAGGCUAAAUGAUUUUGUUCUGUGACAGCCAUUGGCAAACAGAGUGAACUUUUGCCCCAGGUCCAUAGAUGCAACAGUAGACUUACCUCAAUGUUUCUGUGGCUGAAUGAGGCUGGUCACCAUUUCCAGCAGUACUACCUGCAAUCCAGCCUCUGCCUGAUAAUUAGAGGUAGUGCAGCUGCUUUCAGCUCUGUGGCACUUUAGUCAAAACGGCACUAAUAGACUGCACAAAAUGCAAAGGCCUGUGACAUGUCAGUAACAUUUGCACUAAAGAAGAUGCGGAAGAGGUUGCCUGCUGCUCUAGGGCCUGCUCGUUAGUGUUGUAGUCCCUGUAUUUCAACCAGUGCUUUAGUACAGACAGCUCAAAGCAAAUUUGAGGUGGUUUUUUUGGUCUGCUCUCUGUGGGGAGCAGUGAUGUGAGUUUUCCUGUUUUUUUUUUGUUUUGUUUGUUUGUUUGUUUUUAGCUCCAGCUCGUUCUGAUUUAGGCAGCAGCCUGCUCUUGUCCCAGGCUUGUGCUCUCACUGAAAGAGCUCCUCCUGUAUGUAGGUAUUCACACGUUCCUCUUUGAGGGAAAAGCUCAUUCCAUUUCUCACUGACCAAAGCCAAAUCCCCAAACACCCUUAAGCUGUACACGGAGCAGACCGGUCAGCUUUUGACCAGCUGUGCCACUGACUGGAGUCCAGUCUGCACAACUGAGCCAGAGGAUUUCAUUAGACUGUUCCUAAACCACUUAGGUUGUAGCAGGAAAGCUCUAAGGGAAAGCAUGUCCGAAGUGUAACCUUCCUGUGCGUUUCUGCUUGUUCCCUUUGCUGCAUUACAGACAGGGCUUCCUUAGCUUUCUGAAGCUGUAGUGUGAUAGCAAUCACAAGGUCAAUCCCUUUUCCAGGAUGAUAAUACUGGUGCCAUCCUUCUCCCACAUCCUCCCCUUCUGAUAACUUUUGCUUUUUCUGGUGCAACACCAUUUGCCUCUUUCUCUCCCCGAAGCUGAGCCUGUGGUGAUGGGCCUCAACUAGCCCAUGUGAACGGGUGUGUUUAUCUUGGUGGCUUAUCUUGUGAGUGAAGUUAGCGCAGCUGUACCCUGUUUUGCAUGUCAUCAUAGAUGUAAUCAUCUCCACAGAAGGGUUUCCAGAAAUAUGGUGCCUUAUUAGGGCUUGGGUGGUUGAGGACUGGAGUAGUUUUAUUUGUGAUUGAUACAAUUGGAGCUUUUUUUUUAAAAAAAAAAAAGUGUUUUGUAGAAUCUCUUGUUCUCAUUUCCAAAAGUGAAUAGCAGCUGCAUUUAUGCUGUCAAAAUAUGUCUAUACAAGACAAUUUUUAUCACCGCAUUAGACAAAAGGUUGCGUCUGCAUAUUAUAAAGGCUGCUAUAUGAAGUUUUCAGGAUAUAUCCGAUGUCAUUUAUCUGUAUUGUGUGAUAUAGCAUGGCAGAGGUGUGGCAGGGCUACAAAUACAUACCCUAGGAGAGAAAAUAGGGGAAGAAUUGUAUAUAUAUUUCCUGUAUAGGGAACUAUUUUCUACCUGGUUUCAAUAUCAGCUGACAGGAUGUAAAGAAGGUCAGAGGCACUAGAAACCGCAGAGUUCCCAGCACCCCAGUCUAUUUGCUAACCUCGUGCUUGAAAAAACUUUGAGAUCUCUUUCAACAUAGGUCGGGCUGCUGCUUUGGGAGGCGCUGGCUGCGUGCCCCGUGGCGUCCACACAAGCAGCGGCUUUAAGGCUGCCCUUCGUAGCUGACAUCCCCCAGACUCGUUGGGGUGUGCUGCAGGUGCCCCAAAUCCAGUCAUUAUGGCCGGCAGGUUUUUGGGGCUCCCCCUGCACCUCGGGUCGGGUGGCGCCCGCGCUGCCCCAGCUCUGCGCAGCACUCGGGGCCGGAGCAGGGAGGCUGGCGAGGCCGGGCUGCUCUGGAACAGGUCCUACCUGACGGUUCGGGUCUUUCUUUCGCCAUAGUUCAGCUAAAAAAAAAAAAAAAAAAAAAAGGCCAAGUUUACGGAAAGAAUUUUAAUCUUUAAAAAAAAGGGCAGAGCCUAUCUGCCCAUCGCCCCCUGGCACUAGGCCUCUACCACGUGGCAGUAAAAGCGUGUUAAAUACAGGGGCGCGGGAGUGGAGCGUCACGCUGCGGGCACGGUGGCAGCUGACCUUAAUCUUUUAACAAGCUGUGGCCGGGGCUCCUUGACCAAGUGCUCGGUCUCUGAGCAGGGGCUGACCAGGCGUGACAGCCAGACCUGUGCUCUGCAGUCCGGCCUUCCCCGAGGAUCACGGAAAGCCUCUUCUGCUGCCUGUCUGCCCCUCGGGCACGCAGUGACACCGUGACGUCCGGACGUGCGUUCUGUGAGAGGGUCGUGACAUCCGGCUGUGUCCCCGGGGUGGGAGAAAGGGCUGGCUUUCGUGUCACCCCUCGUCUGGGCUACUGCAAAGCCACACACCUGGGCACGAGGCCAUCACCCCGGGGAGGCUGCGAUUAAAACCGAAUACUCGUCGUGUUCCCUCGAAGACAAGAGGUCUUCCCUCUGCUCUCCCCGUGUGCGUGUAGUAGAUUAGAGGUGUGUUAGGGUGUCUGUCCUCGGCACUACUGUCGGCAACCUGCCCCCAGUGUCUCAAGGCUUACUUGCAGCAUUACAGUAAAGCAGAGGAACGGCUGCCAGCUUCACUCCAUGGGCACAACUGAACGCCCUGCUGUCAGGGCGAAGCUUGCUGGGCAGUAGGUGCUGCCUUCUGAGGGCUUGACCAAAACUUGAGCUUCACUGUCUCAGAAACGAAGCCCUUCCCUUAACCACCUCCAGAUGUGCUUCCUCAAGAAAUCUGGGGUCAUCUGGGCCAAAGCAACAGCCCUCCCUCUGUUGCUCUACCAAAACCAAGUGGUAACACACACUUCUUUAAAUGAUGAGAGUACCAGCCCUCUCUGACAGAUGUUAGCUGAAUGGAGCUAAGUACUUGGAUACAGCAAGAGCUACGCAAGGAAUCCCAUAAAAUAGGAUUUGUUUUUUGUUGUUGUUUUUUAAUGCUGCAUAUGUAAUAAGUCUGGGCUUUACUCUGGAGUGCAAAGAAUGUCAUCUAUGAAGCACCGGUCAGCUUCUGCUGUUUGUGAACAUUAUCCUUUUCCAACCACCUUUUCUUCUUCCUUUUCCUGCUUCUCUACCCCUUUUUUCCCGGAGUUGCUGCCCCUGCCCCAGACACUGAAGAGAACCAGGAUAGGCGCAGAUUCCCUUUCCCGUUUCCUCCGGAGAGCAGUCCAGUCUUGCUUGCAGUCUAGCUCUCUCUGUGGUAGGGCUGUUCUCGUUUCUUCUGAGCCUGCUAGCUUUAUCUCUCCUGCCCAGGGCCAUGAUUUGGCUGACUUCUCCCCCUUCCCUUCUUCCCCCUGCUGCCCAAGAUGUCUAUCACCUGAGCUGCCCGUACAAGACAGGUUCUGGUGCGCCCCUUCUUAAAUUUCACAGAGCAAGUUUUAAGCCUGACACCGGUGUGAUCUGCAGCUCUGUGGGGCUGUGCUUGGCGCUGCUGCCCUCCCCUCUUCCUUCUGGGACAAGCAUCAGUUGCCGCCCAGCUGAAGAGACGUGCUUUGCUCCCAACCUGAGCAGAGGGUGUACCCAAGGUGUACCAGCCAGCUUCUGCCAGCUGAGCUCCAUGUUCUGGUUUACCUCCGUGUCCAGAGCGGGAUUUGCUGCUUAAAUUGCACUGAUGUGAAAAUUUAACAAGCUGUCACUGCAGCAAAUAGCUGGGGAGAAAUAUUCCCUUCCCUCUGUCUGAUUUCAUCUGCUUUUUACCUUCCCUGUACCAGCCUGCAAGCAAGAGGAUGUUGAUCUGUGAUGCCAGUUUCACCCCGUAAUGUCACUCCAUGUUUCUCAAUUUAGGAGCGGGGGAAAAUCCUCUGCAGUUUUUCCACGUUAGUGGUGCAAGACUCAUUGUAAGAGAUAGUGAGGCUCCGUAGCUCUGAAGUGGAGCCCUCAGUGAUUUACCAGGCUCUGUUCUUGGAGAAAAAGUAGAGAGAAACUAUCUGCAGAGCACAUCCAGUUGCCAGUCUUGGUUCGUUCCCAUCCCAGCCAGAGUUUAGGAACCCCACUGCAACCUUGAUGCUCAUGGAAAGCCUGGUCCAGUGAACACGCUGUGCUGGUGGUUUUUGGGGCAGAACAGGGUUGUUCUCAACUCACUGGAGCUGGAAAUUGUCACUGUUUUGGCUAAGAUCUGACCUAGCAGACCAAAGGGAGAUGUCCUGCCAGCCUUCAUGACUUACACGAAUUUACAUGAACAGAAACAAGCAUUUAGCUUUUUCUCUGCCGCUGCCUUUCCUUGUGCCAGAGGUUGCAUCCAAAUGGGCUUUCCGUCUUUCUCUAAGGAUCCAUACACACCUGUUCCGUUUCCCCAGUGCCCGUGUUCAUAGCAAUAGGGUACGGCAAGGUACGGGGUAUGAGGGAAGUGUCAGGGGAGCCUUUCUUCUCUCUGUAUCAGGAGUCAGCUUCUCUUGAGCCUGCACUAAAGUCGAUUUCACAGAAAAAGAGAUUAAAAACAACAAACUCUUGUACUCUGCAGAACCCUGGUAAAUUUGGAAGGAGUCUCUUUCCCUUCUUCCAUCACUUGCCAGCCCUGCCGAGCACUGGCACUUACGUGCAGGGCCCAGGGUCCCUGGGGCAUCAGCCCAGAGCUGACUCUGCACCACCUGAGAUAGCGCAGGGCUGCGUUUCCCAGCCCACGUGGUCUUCAGCAGGCAGCCCUUGCAGUUUGAGUUUUUGAUAAGGCUCUGCCUUAUCCGCACAGGGUUUCAGCAGCGUAGCUGACACAGUCGGUUUCCCAUUACACAAGUAGUUCUGGUUGAUCUGGGUUUGAAACUCUUGUGAAAACCUUCCAGUGACUCCUUUAAUCUUGUAAAUUGCUUUAAAUGUAAUUAGAGGGAGAGCAUGAAACAAAACAGUAUUGACCAGAAUGUUCUUGUGUGCCUUGUGUGUCUGUGUAACCCAGUCAAAACAAAACCCUGUAAGCGUAAAGCGGUGGGUUUGGGCUAUUUUUGUUAGUUUUUUUUGUUCUGUUUUUCUUCCAUAGCAGGCUUAAAAUGAAAUCUAUGCUGCUUUUGCAGACUGUUGGGCGAGAAAUCCUGCUCCAUUUGAUAGACUACCUGGUGACCAACUACAGACGUGACCCAAAUAUUACCCAGUUACUCAAUAAUACCCGGAUUCACAUCAUGCCAACAAUGAAUCCUGAUGGAUUUGAAGCUACAAAAGUGCCUCAUUGUUAUUACUCACGAGGAAGGUACAAUAAGAACGGAGAGGAUCUGAACAGGAAUUUUCCUGACGCCUUUGAAAAUAACAACAACACCAUUCAGCCAGAGACUCGAGCGGUGAUGAACUGGAUAAAAAAUGAAACGUUUGUUCUGUCAGCGAACUUGCAUGGGGGUGCCCUGGUUGCCAGCUACACGUUCGAUAACGGUAACUCAGUUACUGGCUCAUCAAAAGGCUACAGCAGGUCUCCAGAUGAUGAUGUUUUUAUUCACCUGGCAAAGACCUAUUCUUUCAACCAUGCCAGCAUGUACAAAGGGACUGGGUGUGACAACAGACAAACCUUUCCAGACGGCAUCACCAAUGGGUAUUCCUGGUACCAGCUGGAAGGUGGAAUGCAAGAUUACAACUAUGUCUGGGGACAGUGUUUUGAAAUCACAUUGGAGCUGUCAUGCUGUAAAUAUCCUCCGGCAGACCAGUUGGAGAAAUUCUGGAGAGACAACAAAGUUGCUCUGGUUGAAUAUAUAAAACAAGUACACCUAGGAGUCAAAGGUCAGGUUACUGAUAGGAAUGGAAAUCCUAUUCCCAAUGUGAUCGUGGAAGCCCAAGGGAGGUCUCAUGUCUGCCCGUACAGAACAAACGAACACGGAGAGUACUUUCUUCUCCUUUUGCCUGGGAAGUAUGUGAUCAAUGCUACUGUACCUGGAUUUAAGUCGAUGCUGAAGACAGUGGAAAUACGUGAUAACACUGGUAACUUCAGUGCUUUGAAACAAGACUUCUCUUUCUCAGAAGUCUCUAUCAGAACAAGACCUGCUUCGUGUCCUAAAACGCCCUUGUACCAAGAGCUUGAACGUUCUUCAGCUGCGGUAAAACCAACUCUACACAUCUUGGUUUUAAUGACCGCCGUGAUUCUACUUUUCAAAUAAAGUCAGGGAUGACGUGACAGGGCAAAAUCUUCCUGCACAAAGGUGGCUUUUGAAACAAGGAAUUGUGUAUGUAAAAGAAUGUAUGUUUUUAUGAACCAAAUUCUCAGAUUUAUAAUCACGUUUAUUGUAUUUUGUAAAUUACUGCCUUGACAAUCAAAUGUUGUACUUUAAUUGUAAUAGACUAUCGUAUUUUUCUACAUAUUUGGAGUAAAUAUUUUACUCUAAAGAAAAACUGUACAGCCUAUGGAGGUAAUUGUAGAAUUUUGAUGCAGGUAGUUACACAUCUUUUGAAGAACUUGCCAGAGUUCAAAAACAGUCUAAGCUUGUACUGCCACUGUUUCAAACUGUUUCAGUGUUGAACUAACAGUUCAUGUGCCUGCACAACUGUAAGCAAGUAGCUCAAUCCUAAUUUCUUGUAAUAAAGCCACUGCUAUAAAUGAAGAAUGACAUUUUUAAGAAUGUUCUUUCUUGUCUAGACAAAUGAGACCAGUCGGGGCUGAAAUAAGAUUGGUAACACAUGGUAGAAGAAAAGAAGAUGGAAAUAAAUAACCAUCUGUAAGUGCCCAAGGGCCAUGCUGCUGGAGCUCGAUGAUACCCUGUGCCAUCAGGCAAAAGACAGUAAUGUAGGUCUCUGAAAAAGCGUUCCUCUAAGACAGAACUAUUGAAAGCGACAUAGAGACAGCCCCCUUAAGCUUCAUACAGUUGCCUUUUUUUUAACUGAAUGUGUUACAGAGCAGAACCAUAAUUCACAAUUUUUCAAUCUAAAUAACUUCAGCUAGUUGUUGUUUUUUUAAGCAUGUUUCACAGCCCUCUUACUCCCUCUUUGGCUCAUGCCUGGUAUCUGCACAGCAGAAGCUGGAAGGUGUGCUUCAGGAGGAGUGACCGUUGUACAGCAGCUGGUUUCUAAGGGCUGUGCUAACAGUGCGCUAUCAGGUGCAGAUUUAGCAGAUUCCUUUUACCUGGUCAGUUGUAAACCAUUUUCAAGGCACUUUGAAGCUGUUCAGCAAACUCAGACGUUACCGAGUGAAGUCAGUGUCACCGCGUGUGUUUAUUUUGAAGCUUCAUCUGCUGCUAAUUUUCUUAAGCAGUUUUAAAAGCAGCCAGAAGAGAUUAUCUUUGGAAACGUCUACGUUUUCCUGCACACAGUAAAUCAAAAAUGCAGGAACAGAGUAAAUCUUUUGAUAAAAGUAGUUUUUUGAAGUGUACCACUGUUACUGCAGAGGUGCUCCUGUGUUUCACAUCAAGACAUACCAGCUGGGCCGUGGGUCCCAGUCUAAGCGUAAAUACACUUUUGGUAUUGGAACACCAAUGCACUCAGAACAGCAUCUCAUUACAUACAGACUGUACGUAAGAUACUGUUGUGUCAUUGUCUUUGUUUGUUGUAUCUCAUCCAUUUGAAUUUUCUACCUUUCUUCCCCUUUUAAAUGUUGUGGAGUGUUUACUAGUCAAAGCCAUAACCAAUUAUCCACUAAUCCCUCCAGAGAGGAUUGGUUCCAGUUCUGUUACAUAGAGCAAGAGCUAGAGCGCCCUGAAGUUCAAAAUACUCCAAAAGCAGGAACAUGAGCGAUGACUCACUCCAUGCUACCAGCCAAGUGAGGGGAGAAAGAAGCUGCGCUGUUGUUUCACAGAAUUAAGAGGCUGUAUGAAAAUCAAGUAGGAGAACUUUAAAGGAAAAAAAAAUAAUCAUUGACAUGAAAAAAAAAGCACUAAGGAGCAUAUAAACACAUCUUUAUUUAAAGCUCUUAGCCAUCAUAGUUAAUUUUCUCAGAAAAACUGAAAACCAAAACACAUAAAUGCAAUACACAUGAAAAUUCUUCUCACAAAGGGAACUACGCGCGGUGCGAUUUGAGUGGACAGCUGCACGUGAACGGCUACUGGACGCAGCAGGACGUGCGGUGCUUAGCUACAAGGUUCACACACGUCACCGCACGUGUGUUCAGCAACCUACGCGUGGUGGUAAAAUUGCAUAGUUAUUUAACUUCACUAUUAAACUCUCUAUUUAAUAACAAUUCCAACUCUGCACAGUCAGACAACAAAGUAAGACUCUGCUUUUGGAAAAGCGAUCUGUUAUUUAAGGUAUUUAUGUAAUCUUCAUGCUGACUGCCAUCAACUUAGCAAAAAAAACAAACAGGAAAACCUGCCCCUUGAAAGCCAGGCUGUUAACUUAAAGCAACAUCUACUAAAAGGGGAGAGAACACCCUCUGAAGUAUAACCCACAACUUUUACACAUACAAUAGGUAUGACAGAGAGGCAUUCAAAUUUUCAGUGUGGCUGUGGUAAAUAAAAGCAAGUACACAUUAGUUGAAAGCAACAAUUUUUCCUUUUCAGUACGUUCAGUCUAUUGUUACGAAAAAUACCUUAAGCCCACGCUUGGGGGUUGGUUGGACUUACUUAUUUUUUUCACUCUUUUGCUUGCUCAAACUUUAAACUAAGUAACCCAAAAAAUAAGAUAAACCACUCUCUCUCCUGUAAGAGCAUGGUUUUCUGAAAAUUAUUCUUGCUGAUGCUUUCUGCAAGAAUGAGGAACUGUUUUUUCCCCUCGUUUUAGGGGAAAAAAUGUGCCCUAAGUCUUCCAUGUGUUUUCAUACCCAUACAGAAAUUUCACACAGUGACAUUUAAGCAAAAUAACAGAAAACGGAACACGGUGAUACAACUGUACUAGGCUGUUAGAAAUAAAUAGAACACCCCAUCAAUUAAAUUUUGUAGUGUGUUUACCGGUUUCUAAAUCAAACUCCUAGCUGAAGGGGCAGCCAAAGCUUCUUGUGCAACGCAGCACGGCGCGGACUUCCUCCGGGCUGCCAGGCAGCAUCGCCAACACAACUCGCGGUGGGUGCGCUACACCGACAGUCCUUGCAGAGUGGGCGUGCAAUACAAUCAGCAACCCAGCUACCUGCUUCACCCCGACACGUUUUUUUAAAAGAUAAAGGCAACAGGCUUGUAAUGUAAUAAAUUUUAAGUGAACCUUCUCAACUGUUUUAACAUUCAACAAUCCUAGCAUUUUUGGGAAGUGUCAGACGCUGAAACAAAGCAGUUUUGGCACCUGUCUUGGGUACUCCACUUUGCACGUAUCCUUCUUGGUUGAAGUGAAAAAGUCGUAUUUUAUCCAAAAGUGGUUUUCUUGUACAAAUGCGAGUCCUUGCAGCAUUUGCACCUAAAUACUGUUGACCUGAAGUGCACGAAGAAACACACUAAGACAAUUACAGACUUUGUAUACUUUCAAAUUUCCCAAGUAUCUGGCCAUUCCUUCACCCUUAAUCUCCUUGAUCAAAGGAGGGAGAAAUUACCACUCAGUGUAGAUUUUGACUGGGAAGCCUCUCAUCACGUCGCAUCUUCAUACAGUGACCCCCAGUGUUAACAACACAAGGGAGCAGUGUCUGGAGAUGGCAAAGCGUUCCAUCAGAACGCACCACCAAUGGAUUUCCACCAUGCUAAUGCAGCAUCGGCUUCCACCUCUAAGACGCGCUGUACAGUUUCAACACAGAAAUUGUGUUAAGGGAAGGAGAAAAGAAGAAGACAAGUCUUCGUAUGUUGCUCUUAGUCUGAAUAUAGCUCUGCCGACCUUUGUUUUUAAUGCUACAAUUUCUUAAAGUCUCCUUGUAACUGAGAUUCACUCAGCACGCAUGUUGGUUUAUCGACACCUGUACCAGAAGGCUAAUUCAAUAAAUUAAAGCUCAAAACAC